UCACUCCUCACCACAACAGACCAGAGAGGAGAGAAACAGAGCCGACUGGAUCAAAUACGGGGAUUGUUUAUUGUUUCGUCCUCACUGAACUUGCAGCACUAAAUCACCAGCAUAAAAGGACGGAAGCUCUUGUGGUUUUUAACUUUCAGCAGUUUUAUUCUAAACUCUAUUGAACGGAAUACAAUGACGCACGGUAUCGGAGCAGAGAUGAUCCCGGAGGUUUCAGCCGCCGCGAGUUUCGUUUGCAGACUGUUGCGCAGCCGCGGACGCUUGAGUGACGCACAGCUCCAAGUUUUUAGAGACUGCCUUGCGCAGGCGCUAUCAGAACACUACCAGCACCACUGGUUCCCCGACAGGCCACAGAAGGGAUCCGGAUACCGCUGCAUACGGAUCAAUCACGAAAUGGACCCUCUGAUUGGCCGGGCGGCCGGUCGUAUUGGACUGACCAGCGGGCAGCUUUUCUCGCUCUUGCCGCGGGAGCUGACGCUCUGGGUGGACCCGUAUGAAGUGUCGUACCGCAUUGGCGAGGACGGCUCCAUUUGCGUACUCUACGAAGCCGAGCCGCCGGUCUCAAGCCCCGCCCCCUUGCCGUACGACCAGAUGGCGAACUGCAAAAACCGCUUCAUGAUGAGCGGCCGCACAAGUCCACCCAAAAACUACCUGAUGAUGGUAUCGAGCUGAACGCACGUGACCGGUGUCCGCUGAUGUCACGCCUGACCGACCAACCUCCGAGAGUUCCUGCGACUUCACAUUUCAGGCCUGAUCCUAAACCUUUAUUUAAGAUGAACUUUAAAGCACUGGUUGUUACGCAACUGGACGAAUGACUCUAGAGAUAUUCUGGCACUGUUCUGUGUGACUUUUGUUUUUUCUUACAAUCCCAAAACAGGUUUUGGGUGUUUUCACUGGUGCUCGCACACGGUUUCAGUGCAACUACGAUACCUCACGACUGUCACGAGAAUGUAUAGCAAUUAAAGGCCUGAAACGUACUUUGCGCAAACGUUUACAGAAACAUCAAGCUGUUGCUAUAGCGCCACCUGUGGUGACUGCGAGAAUGCAGCACAUUUGCGUUUAGCACGUUUCAGGCCCAAAACUGUGGUGGCGCUUCUUAAUUUCCGCGGGAGCUGCUAACGAGAGGGACGCCACAUGAACAAACUCCCAUAAUCCCCUCUUGCCUUAACCACAGCGCCACCACUCUCUUAAUAAACGUCACUGCCUGGCUCUUUAAGUCUUUCUGUGCAAUAUUCAGGCAAUACGCUCUUUAACUUCCUCUGGUGAUGUCAUGAAAUGAGUCGUAUGAACUGGAGGCUCCACUGCUGGCUUCUCUGGGGGAAGUGACUCUAUUUUCCCAGGAAGCUUUGCGUGCGUUGGUUGGUUUGGUGGCCGAAGUGCCAGCGGAGACUCUCAUCUGUAGCAUCUGUCUCUCGCGGGCUGCUGAGCAGCCCGUUUACUGUUUUUUUUAGACGUAGUUUGUAAGCUAUUUUGAAGCAGAGUUGCUUAUAAUGUACAUUUUUGUGCAGAUAUAGAGCUGUACAGUCAAUUUUUAUUACAAUAAACCUUUUAUGAAUGAAA